AUGGAAUCGUUCCCGACGCUGCUGACGCCGCAGACCGACAUCAACAGCACGUCGCCCGCGCCCGUGCAGAUCAAGGACAAGAAGGGCCGGUCCACGUCGUGUUACCUGUGCCAGAAACGAAAGCAGAAGUGCGAUCAGCGCUCGCCGAGCUGCACCAACUGUGUCAAGUCGCAGACCACGUGUGUGCAGCCGCCGCGGUACGGCACCAGCAACAAGACCAACGUCAAGAGCGAAACCGCCGUCGAAGUACAGGAAAAUCCGGCCGCUGGUGCGCACAGACGAGCCCCAGCCGUCGCUGAACCCGUACAAGGACACGCUGGGCAAGCCGUUCGACGAGUUCUUCAUGGAGCACGGCGAGAGGUACGACCGCUCGAUGCUGGCCGGGCUGAGGCUCAAAGAAUUUUUCAGAAAAGAGCCGAUUUUCGACAUCGACCUGAAACUCUCGAAACAGCUUGUCGACAUAUACUUUGCGCUGCUGCAGUACAAGUUCCCGAUGCUCAACGAGCAGGACCUGCUCAACUUCCAGAGCGACUACUACAACAGCGUGGCGCCGAGGGGUGCGGACGACUUCCACUUCAACUGUGCAAGGAUGUUUCUGGUGUACACGCUGAGCUCGACGCUGCACGAGACGACGGGCAAGUACAAGGGCCCGGAGCCGCUGCGCUUCUUCUCGGCCGCGCUGCGCCACAUCCUCAUGUUCGAGAACGUGCACGGCACGCAGAAGAUCGAGCUGCUGGUGCUGAUCACGUGCAACCUGAUCCGCAACGACAAGGACAGCAACGGCGUGUACGACGUCGUGCGGCAGGCGAUGCAGCUGUGCAUCAAGCUGCGGCUGCACAAGACCAGCAGCUACCAGAACGUGAGUCCUGCCAAGCGCGACCGGCAGAUGCGGCUGUUCUGGUGCUGCUAUCUGCUCGAGAAGGCCAUAGCGAUCGCCAUCUCCAAGCCGUUCGUCCUGAAAGAGCGCCUGACGGACGCGGACCUCCCGAUGUUCGAGUACGAGCCGUCCCGCGCGCAGCACCCGAAGGACAAGCUUUUCAUCAACCAGAUCAUCAAGAUUCGUCGCACAGAGGCGCGGUUCAUCGAGGAGCUCAAUAUUCUCGGGAGCACCUCGAUCACCACCAAGGACCAGCUGCCUGCGGUCGAGCGGUUUUUCCAGCAGCUGCAGGACUGGCGCAACGAGUGCCACGGCUUCAGCAGGGGCAUCGAGAACGAGACUCUGAGCAUCUACUACUACCGGUCUGUGCGGAACCUGAUCCAGCCGUUUCUGGAGCUGCUCGACCCAGAGGACCGUCUUUUCAAGGAGUGCCAGGCCGCCGCGGGCCAGAUCUGCCAGAGCAUCAAGGCGUUCCACCAGAAGACCGUGCGCGGCCACUCGGUCAUCAACAUCCACACCGUAUUCAUCGCCGGGGUCACGCUGAUCUACUGUCUGUGGUUGCACAGAAACCGCGACGAUAUGCGCCGCAAGCUGCUCGGCGACGACAAGAAGCACACGCGGCCGGUCGUGUCGGAGGCGCUGUUCGCCGGGCUCGACGACCUGCGCGCGUGCUCCGUGUCGCUGUACGUGAUGUCCGAGCGCACCAAAUUCGCGCUCUCGUUUCGCGAGACGUUCGAGGAGCUGAUGACCGCCACGAUCGGCAACCUGAUUCUGCGGUGCGGGCCGGACUCGUCGGAGGUGGUGCAGGCGCCGCAGAACGCGAUGCCGCCGGCCACGGUGCGCAAACCGCUCCAGCACUACACCGUCGAGUCGGAGCUCAACAUGAAGCCGACCGACGCGGAUCGACGCGAGGAGGAGGAGCUGUCGCAGCGGCGCGGCCAGCUCACGAGAAGCACGAUCCCAAAGGGCCUGAGCCACCUGCUGAUCCACUCGCCGCCGCUGCCGCCGCGGGUGACGUCGUCGCCGUCGAGCCUGCGCAGCACCGCCAACCUGUUCCAUCGACCGCAGACGGCGUCGCCGCUGCCGGCGUCGCCUCAGCCACAGCUCAGAGUGCUGCAACCAGAAAACGCGUUCAGCCCGCCGCAGCUGUCGGCACAGCCGCUGGCCGGCCCAAUCACGCCGGUGCCCAACAUCCCCGAGAUGAUGCCGUUUGUCGGCCGGACCACAGCCAUGAUCAACAACAUCUCCGUCUGGACGGGCGAGAGCGGGCAGCAGAUCCCGCAGACGGGGCUGGUGAUGCUGCAGGGCGCCAACAAACAGGCCAGCGCGGCGUCGCAGCUGCCGGUCUACGACGCGUGCUACGCGCAGCCCGAGGACCUGCUGUCGUGGCCGUGGCAGAACGACCAGCUCGCCGACGCGGGCGAUUUCGCGUUCCUGCCCUAGCAGCGGCCACAUCCGUGCACCGUGCAACACGCUCGUAUAUAUAA